AUGCAUGUCAUUACGUACACACUUCCUACCUUCGGGAGCGUGGAGUGCCACCUUGCAGACACGGAGUACUUGCAUGAUAUAAUAGUGAAUCUAAAGUAUGUCCUUUCGCAUACUUGUACCGUGUAUGCAAACAGGGCGCGUAGUAAUGAGAGCUAUCUGUUGGGGGCGGAGGCUCUGCUCCUCCCUGCCGUAAGCUUCGUCAUAUGCGGAUCAAUCCUGUUGACGUGUACCCUUGAGCCACCUAUGCUCAACUCAACCAGCGUGGUUGAUGACACUCAUGUUAUCGAGUCCGCAUUCAUCUGCAGGAUUCAGGCAAGACGGGCAACUGCGGAGGAGCUGCUGUCUGGAGGAAAGCUGAUGCAUCCGUAA